AUUCUGGAAGGCGAGAUGGCAGCGUAUCCUAGGUCGCCUCCGUGCUCUCUCCUUGGGUCAUCUGGGUCAGCCUUGGUCCUGCGAGAGAAAGGUGUCCGAGGCGCUAUAAAGACACGCCGGCGUCUCCCUGGGCACAGUGCCACCCCAGACUUCCGUUCCUCUCUGCUCGACGCAACACUGCCGUUCGCGAUGUCUGUGCUGCUGCUGACCCUAGCUCUUCUGGGAGCCGUCCACGCUGACAAGAUGUUCAGCCCGCCCGCUCCUCCCGUUCCAGGAUACUCGUACGGCGCCCCGGACCUCAGGGCCGACGCCUCCACUCUCGACCAGCAGGAACAGGACCCCAUCGCCGCCUUGGCCGCCAACAUCCCCGGCGGAGGCGUCCCUGGCGAGGACUACCCCAUCCUGGCCUCCGUCCCCGACACCGGCUUCUCGUGCGAGGACCAGGAAUUCCCAGGCUACUAUGCUGACACCGCCCCGGAGGCCGGCUGCCAAGUGUUCCACAUCUGCCAGUUCGACGGCCGCCACGACGCCUUCCUGUGCCCCAACGGCACCCUCUUCAACCAGCAGUACUUCGUGUGCGACUGGUGGUUCAACGUGGACUGCGCCGCGUCCGAGCAGUUCCGAAGUCUCAACGCUGACAUCGGCAAGAUCCCCGAAGACGCCGCUGCCUCCCUCCGCGACGACGUCGUGGCACCAAAUCAACUCUAUGGCACUCCCGAGGAGCGCCAGGCACCUCCUCCAACUCCUUCUCAGUUCUAUGGAAGUCCAAACGGGUUCUAGAUUUUGCUACGAAUAAGAAACAGACACCUAUUUAUAUGUUUUUAUCAUUUCUGUCUUCACAUGUCCCAUAGUAUGAUGUUAGAGCCCUGUAAAUAAAUGUACUAUCAGCAAA